CUUCCCGCGAGGUGAGCGAGGGAGAGGCCGCUGCGCAGCAACCGGAGCCGCCGUAGGAAGAAGCGGAGGCGCCAGUGCGGACGACCACAGGCACCGAGGCGCAGCAGCAGCAGCAGCAGACCGAGAAGGAGGAGGAGGAGGAGGCCCGACCGCCGCCGCCGCCAUGGUGAAGAUCGCUUUCCAGUCGCCCUUCGCCCAGAAGGACGAGCCCAAGAAGGAGGCGGCCGAGGCGCUGGUGACCGACAAGGAUCCAGAAGUUGCAACGCAUGGCCAUGAACAUUCAUCUGGAAGGUGUCUGCUGACCCUUCUGGGUCUUGCCUUCAUUUUAGCAGGAGUGGUGGUUGGCGGAGCCUGCAUCUACAAGUACUUCAUGCCAAGGCACAAACCGUUCCGUGGGCAAAUGUGCUAUGUGGGAGAGGAGAACCAAGAUCGUGCGAAGGAGCCAUACUUCCUGCCCAUUGCCGAAGAAGCGGAUAUCCGAGAGGCUGAUAACGUAGCCAUCAUUGAUGUCCCUGUUCCAAAAUUCUCCGACAGUGAUCCUGCAGCUAUUGUUCAUGAUUUUGACAGGCUCCUGACUGCCUACCUUGACCUGCAGCUCGGCAACUGCUAUGUGAUCCCUCUGAACACAUCCAUUGUUAUGCCACCACGGAAUUUGAUGGAUCUCUUCGCAAAAUUAGCGACUGGUUCUUAUUUGCCUCAGACUUACCUUGUUCGUGAAGAAAUGGUUGUGACAGAAGCGAUCGAUAAUGUGUCUGAUCUGGGCAUAUUCAUUUACCAGCUCUGUGUCGGGAAGGAUACUUUCAGACUUCAGCGCAGAGAUAAGAUAAUUGGCCUCCAAAAACGCUCGGCUGAGAAGUGCCAUACAAUCCGGCACUUUGAAAACUCCUUUGUGGUUGAAACCAAGAUCUGUGAGCAAUGAAAAGUAUGGGUGGAAAGUGACAAUCGUGCAUCUUCAUUAAGAAGCCCAAGCUUUACAUCUUAAACUUCAGAAUUAAAAAGUGCAGUGAUAAUCAAAAGCCUUAUGCUUUUUUGUGAAUUGCUUAGAUUUAAAAAAAAAGAAAAGGAAGCAAACUCCAAAUUCACCAUACAUUUUCCCCCCCUUUGGAUCCCCGGUGCUGCUAAAUUUUCUAGAUACCAAUUUUGAAUGGAAACUAACAUUUAAACAGGUAACCUCUUACUCACCUGAAUGUCUGUUUCAGACUUUCUUUUUAAAGCGGGAAUGUAAGUACUGAAUUCCUGCAUAGAAAUGUAAUCUAAUCACCACCUGACUUCACAAAAUGAUAAAACUAAUGUAUUAAUCCUUGGUUUGCACAUUUUUGCAUAGAUCUGUAAAAUUGUUCUGCACUUGGUCUCCUAGUAGAAAAGACCACAUCAAGACUCCUAAGGUUUUUUUUUCAACUUCAUGUGUGAAGCAUGUAAACUUUAACCUUGGUAAUCAACAAGCAGCUAACAUGGCUUUUUUCAUUUUGUGCAAUUACUGUAUUGAAUUUGUAUGUAUAUUUGGAACCUUCCCUGAGCUGACCCUGCUAGCUCUUUUCUCUUCUGAUUUUUCAUGAUAUUUAGUUGUAUAUCCACGCACAGUUACUCUUUACAAGCUUUUGCGUUAGUAUUUUGGCUCUUGAAUAGUUUCAACAUCAUAACUACAAGCUUAUGUAAUUACAACCUGAUUUGGCCCAAUUGUCAAUGUUUCUGUAGCUGUAAAUUCCCUCCCAGCCCUAUCUUAUGAAACUUUUAGAGCAGAACUUCUUAUAAACAAGGUAGCACUAAUACUGCAGGCGAAAGUAUUAUCUUUGCUUAGGACUAUGGUAAAAGGUGGUAAAAGGGAUUGCUAGUGAGCUGCUAUAAUGAGUGUUUUAUAAGGGACUUUAUAUUUCACACAAACUCUGCAACCCUCUAAUAAAUGUUUCUCUAAGACUA